CACCACAACUCAUGUACAUACAGUAUCCAACGAGGAUCUGUCUAGUGAACUGGAGGCCCUCCGUGCAAUAUUUGUGGGUGAGGGAGAAUUUAAAGUUGAGGAGUUACCAAAAGAUGGAGACUAUUGCUGUGUGGUGCAAGUGCAACCAGAAGGUCUGGCUCAACUACAGCACUGCCCAGAAAUCAAUUCUGGACACUGUGGAGAUGUUCAAAAAAGAGAACCAGAACACUGAGGAGAAGGAGGCAUGUGAUGCAGUGGAGAAUGAGGAGCGAAUGGAAGUAACAGAAGAAUCACAGCAAGAACAUGCUACACUACAAACAGAGAGGAGGCAGCGACCUUCACGCAGCCCCAAUUACUUCUUUGCUAUCCGCAUCACCGAUCCCGUCAUCCGUAGGUGUGUCUAACGCAUCCAGAAUGCAGUCUGUGAUGAGGAGCCACGUCUGGAGAACUGGCGCACUGACACUGCCCGUCUCCACCUCACACUGUGCACAACGGGCCUGGACGGCCAGGAGGAUAUGUCCAAGGCCAUCCAAGUCCUCAAGGUGCUCCAGGGAGACAUCUCCAGCCUCCUCUCCCUUGUCACCAUGCUCAGGUUUCAAGGGUUGGACCAAUUUCACGGCCGCAUCCUGUACUCUGCUCCAGAGGAGUCCCCGGCUCUGGCUAAACUCUCCCAGAUGCUACAGGUGGGGUUGGCUGAGGCAGGAAUCAAUUUAGCGGGCAAUCGUCCCAAAUUCAGCCCCCAUAUAACUCUCCUAAAGGUGGAU